AUGCGAACCGUGUGUAUGUUUGCAGUUGACCUGACCAACGGCCAACUGACACCGAACAACAACACACCGCUGUUGGCGCAGGCGCUCUCAGUGAUGAACAAUUACCAAGCAGCAGCCGCUGGAUUUGGGCCACCUGCGUCGCCACAUGCUGCCGGAGGACGAGCUGGUUUCCCGGCCGCAAGUUCGCCGGGGCCAGCGCUUGACGUGUACGGCUCGGCUGCCGACAGCGUUGGAUACGUGCAAGCCGCAAGCCCGCAACCCUCUGGAUUCCCGGCGAUCGCCGUCAGCCGUGCGCCUCUCAAUUACACCCCAGUGGCGAGCGGUGUGGCGGCGCCUAGCGUCCCGAGCAUCCGGGCGCCGCGUGCGCCGCGCUGCAGGCCCCCGCCGCCCGCUGCCCGCCCGCGCACCUCCAGCCCCGCGCCACCGACGGAGCCCCGGACACCACCGGACCCUCCCAUGAACAUCACUCCGUCAACCGCGGCGUCUCACCUUCCCCCUGUAUCCCAAUCUGUCCUCAUCCUCACAACUCCUCACCCUCAUACUCCCCCUCUCCACACUCUCUCCCCCCACCGACUCGGUCUCGUGACCCCGUCUAUUGUAAAUAACGAUAAUCUACUUUUUGUCGUGUGA